AUAUUCUCUGGCCUCAAAUAAAGUCCCCAAUAACAAAAUCCUAACUAGCAACCGUAUGAAUGAACCCAGAUAAAAGAUAACGAGAGUUAAGAUAAUGUUGAUAACAGGAAGAGAAAUUGCAUCUUCAUGGUCUCUUCGUUGCACUUUACCAAAGCAAUCUCGCACAUCACUUCACAGAAGCAUUCGACACAAUUCAUCCCUUUGCAGAGCCACACUUUCCGUCAAUCGGAAGCCCAACUUAUCAUUAUCUUCAUCCACCAGCUGUGAGAGCUCUAAUUUUGAUCCACUAGGAAUCAAUUCAGGUAAAUUAUCGGGUCUAAGUUCCGCUUGGGAAAGCGUUUUAGGCUUGUUUUCAGAGACAUUUGAGAGCACUUCAAGCACAAGAAAUGAUAAAACUCCCUCAGCUAAAGGAGUUGCAGCUUCAAUAGAGGACACAUCGAUUGAUUUCGGGGACUUUUUCAAAGGCCCAUUACCCGGAAAAUUUCUCAAACUUUUAGGGUACUUGGCUUUAUCUAGACUUGGAAUAUACAUACCACUCGGUGGGGUGAAUAGAGAUGCAUUUAUCGGAAAUUUGGAUCAAAACAGUAUUUUAUCUACUUUGGAUACAUUUUCCGGUGGAGGAAUCGGUCGUUUAGGGAUAUGUUCCCUUGGUAUAGUCCCGUUUAUUAACGCUUCAAUCGUGUUUCAACUUCUUACACAAAUUUAUCCAAAGUUACAAGAACUUCAAAAACGAGAAGGUGAAGCGGGUCGAAAGAAAAUUCUUCAAUAUACUCGAUAUGCUUCUGUUGGCUUUGCUGUUGUGCAGGCAAUUGGUCAAGCACUGUUUCUCCGUCCAUACGUCGACGAUUUCAGCACUCAAUGGGUGUUAUCAUCUGUUAUUUUACUAACACUUGGAUCGGUUUUUACAACAUUUAUUGGGGAAAGAAUUACAGAUUUAAAACUCGGAAACGGUACUUCACUACUUAUUUUCACAAGCAUCAUCUCAUAUUUACCAGCGUCAUUUGGUAGAACGGUUGCGGAGGCUUUUCAAGAUGGUAACUAUCUGGGCUUAGCUGCCAUCGUUUUAUCCUUCGUCCUGCUAGUUCUUAGCAUCGUCUACGUUCAGGAAGCCGAAAGAAAAAUUCCGCUUAACUAUGCUUCAAGAUACAGUAGUAGAACAGGGGGGCUUCAGAAAUCUGCUUAUUUGCCCUUUAAGGUUAACAGUUCGGGAGUGAUGCCAAUUAUAUUUUCCACGUCAUCAUUAGCUCUUCCUGCCACUCUGGCACGCUUUACCGGUUUAAACGUGCUGAAAAAUGCUGCAGUCAGCUUGAACCCCGGCGGUGCUUUUUAUCUCCCAACAAACAUCUUAUUGAUAGGUUUCUUUAAUUAUUACUACACUUUUCUACAACUGGACCCUGAUGAUGUCAGCGAACAGUUGAAGCGCCAAGGCGCCUCCAUCCCUCUGGUCCGACCCGGGAAAAGCACAGCGGCUUUCAUCAGAACGGUUCUGAGUAGGAUAUCAGUUUUAGGGUCGGUGUUUUUGGCGAUUCUUGCAGCUGGGCCCGCAGUUGUGGAACAAACGACACACUUGACUGCUUUCAGGGGAUUUGCGGGUACAUCGGUUUUGAUUCUGGUAGGUUGUGCUACCGACACCGCGAGAAAAGUUCAAGCGGAGAUUAUUUCUCAGAAGUACAAGAACAUCGAGUUCUAUGAGAUUGACAAAGAUACAACCUUUUAAACUUGAAACAUAACUCACAAUAGUUUUUGUAAUUUUGAACACGAUAUUUGUGUAGUUUGUGAUUAGCCAUUGUAUUUAUUUGUGAUGUGUUAUAUUUUAAGUAAGCAUGUCGAAA